AUCUCAACAUGGGGUUCCCGGCCAGAGUCCUGGUGUUGCCAGCACAAUCGGCCGGGGACCAGCAGUAAAAGAGAGUGGUGCGAUGAACGCUGGUAAACUGGAGGAACAAAUCACCAAUGAAAAACUACGGAAUCUUCAGCGGCUGUUUGAGGAAGCUGAUGAAGAUGGUGGAGGUGGCCUGGAUAUUGAUGAAUUCCGGAUAGCUAUGCAGCAAACGAUGCCUGGAGUUGAUGCACAUGAACUCGAGAUCAUAUUCAUGAAAGUUGACACAAAUUGCGACGGGACAGUUGACUGGGAUGAAUACCUUUCCUACAUGUUGCUGGAGUAUAAGGAAAAAGAUCAGAUGACAUCGAUGCUGCAGGAAAAACCGUUCCCCAAACCUCUGCGAGAAAUCUCCAGUAACCAUCGCGACGACAUCUGCCGCAUCACAUUCCUGCCAACACUGCAAAACAAACAUGAUAACCGCUCAGACAAGGUGGACUUCCUUCAUGGACGUUAUUUAUCCGUCAGUCGUGAGGGUGUUGUGAACUUCUGGUCUCUUGAGAUGAACAAUCUGAAGACGAAUGUGCUGGAAUACACUAAAGACAAAACGUUGUGGGUGACCGAUCUCGUCUGUUUGCCAAAUGUGAGCAUGCUUGCUAUCGCGUCCACGGAACGGGACGUCUCUCUCUUAGACCUCAACGCGAACAAAUUCGACCGGAGCUAUCGGAUCAGCGGACUGGACCACUGCGUGCUGAGUAUGGACUACUGGUUCGAUAACAAGAAUCUCAACAAUGCUGUGCUCAUGUGGGGAGACGCCGGGGGUAACGUCUGUGCUAUCGUGUUCAAGGAAUGUAUGAACAGUGGAGGACUGUUUGCGAAUUACGCGGGUAAGAAGGUAUCAAUCGGUCAGAGGAUUCCCAUAGGAGAAUUGCUAAAGGGAAAGGUGAAAGGCGUCACUGCGCAUAAGUUGACGGCCUUGCAUGACGACUGGAUAUGUCAGGUCCGUUUCUUCCCUACUCUAGACUGUUUCAUUUCGUGCUGUGUCUCCGGCCCGACUGCCAUGUACAUGGGUGACCUUGGGCAGAAGAAGGUCACAUCUUAUUUUGUGAACAGGAAAGGCAUCUUGUGUUUUGACUAUGACAAAGUGAGUAACAUCAUAGUGACGGGUGGAAUGGAUCAUUUAGUAAGGGUGUGGAAUCCAUACGUUAAUAGCAAAGCGAUUGUGGUCUUUAAGGGCCACACGAAGGCUGUAGAACACGUGAUCAUCAACCCAGUAAAUGAGCAGGUCAUCAGCAUCGCUAAAGACAAGACGAUCCGGGUGUACAACCUGUCUGAUCAAAGUUGCGCGCAAACCAUACCGGGGAGCAAGAUUACGAUCGGACCUCACUAUAUUACGGCAGUGUUCUUGAACGCGAGGACACAGUCUCUUAUACUCGGAACGAACCAGUUGGCUAUCUUCGAGCGCAAGGACGAAGAACGUCAACAGGUGGUCAAAACACACAACGCACCAAUCACAUCGGCGAUUUACAAUACAUUGUUCAACCAGGUUGUGAUUGGAUGUCAUGAAUCGACUGUCAGCGUAUGGGAUUUGAACACAGGAGAGAAAGUGAUCCAGUACACAAAUGCGCACAAGAUCACUGAGAAGGGAGAAGAGAAAGGCAUUGAGAUUACUGCGAUGGUGUUUGACCCGACGGGCCGGAGACUGAUCACGGGCGCGCGGGACGGGACGGUGAAGAUUUGGAACUUUAAUAACGGAGCUAUGCUCCGGGAGUUCGAGACAGUUGGAGACUCUGAAAUUACUGGUUUGGUCUGUCCGAGACAGAGGAUACUGAUCAGCGGCUGGAACAGGAGGGUGACAUCCUACAUCGACGCGAAAGACAUGGAGGACGAGGAGCCGACGGUUUGGGAUGUGAAACAUCAUGAUGAUAUCUUGUCGAUGGCGCACAAUGGCUCCAGCAGUCUUGCGACUGGGUCCUACGACGGCGACGUCAUUCUAUGGUCGCUUGAGACCGGACAAGUUCUAUGCAGGUUGAAUCCGCGCGAAGGCACAAAACCUCAAACCGUCGUGAAACCAAUCAAACAACCUCGACCACCAACCGCGUUCUCGAUGACUUCGCGUGGUGUCACGGAUAUGAAUCAGGAGCAACUGUCCUCCUUGGUACCCAGCAGCAACCAAGAUACGCCCAGGGCAGUUGAGAGGGAGAGGACAUUCAUGUCAGUCAAAGAGUGGGUGAACGAGAAAAGCAAGAAUCGCAAGACACUCUUGCCGGCGUCUUCAUCAGGAAGACGAUCACAACAAGAGGAAGACCCAUCUGUCAAAUUACCCGACCUCGGCACUAAAAGCCGAAAUCUGGUCCAGUCAUCGGUUGAUCAACAUCCAGUUUACAUGGAAGAAAAGAGUUCUGGAGGUUGGAAAUCGAAGGAUGGUACAAAGUCUCUAGAUGGCGCAGCGACCAUAUCGAGCGAGGAAGCGGUCCCCGCAACUCCAAGAAAUGAACAUGAUCAGCCCGUUACCGUUCGAACAAGCUAUAGUGCUGCUGAUGAUGAUGAAGAGGACGGCAGGUCUUACUCCAUUGAUAAAGUGUUAUUCUUGACUAGACGGGAGGUUGGUAUGGAUACGGCAACCUUGAUGACCGGUGGUGGAGAAGGUUGGGUCAGAGCAUGGUCCGUACACCACAAAGGUGGCCUCCUGGGACAGUUUGUUGCGGUGCACAAGCCAGACGAGUGCGUCACAUCUAUGUUCGUUGAUCCACGCAAUGAGUUCCUGGCGACUGGAGAUUCAGCAGGGUACGUCAAGGUCUGGGACAUAAGUGAUUACUGUAUCUCGGAUGAACAAUUCGCAAAGAUCUUCCCAGGUGACAGGAAAAAAAUGAAGGAGGAAAGACAGAGGAGGUUCCCAUAUUUCAGAUUUGAUAAAAAGACCAAAGAGAUUCGGGACAGAUGUAUUGCCUUCGAUCAGCUCCCGACUCCGAAUAAUAACAGUGACCCGCUACGGACGAUGAAGAUGCCUGUAUUACUCAACUCUUUCCGUGCUCAUUUGAAAUCAAUCACUUGUCUCGACUUCAUCGAGAAAAGGGAUAUGAUUAUAUCGAGCAGCUCUGAUUGUUCUGCUCGACUCUGGACACUUUGCGGACGCUACAUCGGAACAUUUGGCCAAACAAGACCGUGGGAUAUUAGACCGGUUGAGAAGCCAAAGGAUUUGCCGUAUUAUGCGCCUUCAGACGUCAAAAAGGUUGGGUCCGCUGCCACGCUACAAGUCUUGAAGGGAGGCACUAGGAACAGGUGGAAGAUGGCACGUAACGUCGUGCUACUGUGGAUCCUCAAGUCCAAGAAGGAUAGCUAUGGCAACAUAAAAAGUUUUCAUGACAUUGAACCGCAAAGGGAGGAAUCGCCUGUCAGCGUGGUCAGCGAAAGCAUCCUUGGGAAAUACUACAAACCUAAAGUUCGACAUAAGAUUGCACCAACAUUGCCACCUAUCAAACAUUCGCAAAACCAGGUGGUGGUUUACUCGAGUCUCCCCUUCAACGACCUUACCCCACAAGAGGAGUGCGAGGCAUCUACAGAAUUGAAAGAAAUCCAAAAACGACAUAAUUUGACGACAUCACUAGACCAAGGUGGCAGUUCGAAAUUCGCACAAAAGACCCGCCCUGCCCUUCAAGGUCGGCGAUUGUUCCAAAGGAGUGUCACAAAGGGCUCCAUGGUAGCCAACAAUGGACGGAUGGAUAUUGAAGCGGUGCUUUCCGCCAUGAAGGGACGAGCAGCAGACAAUGCAGGAGAGAGAUUGUCAACAGUUGUUCUAGGGCCGGGCAAAAAUAAAGCAGAUCCUGCCCGACACCAACCGCUGAGAUCCUUGAACGAAUCCGCAGACGAAAAAAGAAAAGGAAAUCGUUUCAUAUGAAGAGGCGACAGAGUUCACCUCGCCAAGCUACCAACAGUAGGCCGACCAGAAAUCAGAGUACUUCCGCACUGCACAAACUUCCGGACGGUGCUUUGAUAAGUCCGUGUCUUCAGUAACCAGCCA